AUGUAUGGAACAUCCACUGGCCCCCAGACGGGCAUUAAUACCCCUCGCUCGUCACAGUCAUUGAGGCCCCUUAUUCUCACACAUGGGUCGCUCGAAUUUUCCUUCCUUGUGCCGACCUCUCUUCAUUUCCAUGCGUCGCAAUUGAAGGAUACCUUUACAGCUUCUUUACCACAGCCGACGGACGAGCUUGCUCAGGACGAUGAGCCUUCCUCAGUUCCGGAACUGGUGGCCAGAUACAUCGGACAUGUUGCACAUGAAGUUGAAGAAGGCGAGGAUGAUGCGAGUGGAACUUAUGUGGACGUUCUGAAGCUGGCUCUGAACGAGUUUGAACGCGCCUUUAUGAGAGGCAAUGACGUCCACGCUGUUGCUGCCAGCCUACCCGGCAUUACCGCCAAGAAGGUUACGGUUGUUCAGGCUUAUUACGCUGGGAGAACAGCAGUUGGUCGCCCCCUUAAGCCCUACGACUCUGCAUUGUUCCGAGCUGCCUCGGAAGAGAAGGCGAGCAUCUACUCGGUUUUCGGAGGACAGGGGAAUAUUGAAGAGUACUUUGAUGAACUGAGGGAAAUCUACACCACCUACCCUUCUUUUGUCGACGAUCUUAUUACUUCAUCUGCGGAAUUGCUGCAGAGUCUCUCCCAUGAGCCGGAAGCCAGCAAACUUUAUUCCAAGGGAUUGGAUAUCAUGCAAUGGCUUCAGGAUCGUGACUCUCAGCCCGACACCGACUACCUUGUGUCGGCCCCGGUGAGCUUGCCGUUGAUCGGAUUGGUUCAGCUGGCGCACUUUGUUGUGACCUGCAAGGUCCUGGGUAAAACACCCGGCGAGCUUCUGGAAAGGUUCAGUGGAACCACUGGCCAUUCUCAGGGCGUUGUAACAGCUGCAGCAAUUGCAUCUGCCUCUACUUGGGAGAGUUUCGACAAGGCCGCCAAGAAUGCCUUGACGAUGCUUUUCUGGAUUGGUCUCCGCAGUCAACAGGCCUAUCCUCGCACUUCCAUUGCCCCGUCUGUCCUUCAGGAUUCGAUCGAAAACGGGGAAGGCACGCCUACGCCUAUGUUAUCCAUCCGAGACCUCCCAAGAUCCGCCGUUCAGGAACACAUUGACACUACGAACCAGCAUCUGCCGGAGGAUCGCCAUAUUUCCAUUUCGCUUGUUAACAGUGCUCGGAAUUUCGUUGUCACUGGACCGCCUCUCUCUCUUUACGGUCUCAACUUGCGCUUGCGCAAGGUCAAGGCGCUGACAGGUCUGGACCAAAACCGGGUGCCCUACACCCAACGUAAAGUUCGCUUCGUUAACCGGUUCCUUCCUAUCACCGCUCCAUUCCACAGCCAGUACUUAUACCCGGCAUAUGAUCGGAUUCUGGAAGACCUUGAAGACAUUGAGAUCCCUGCUGAGUCCCUCGCAAUUCCGGUUUUCGAUACGAAAUCUGGCAGUGAUCUGAGCAAGUCCGGUGAAGCUAAUGUCGUCCCCGCCCUGGUUCGAAUGAUCACUCACGACGCUGUUAAUUGGGAGCAGGCAACUGUCUUCUCAGGGGCCACGCAUAUUGUUGACUUUGGACCUGGUGGCAUCUCCGGUCUUGGAGUUCUUACAAACCGCAACAAGGAUGGUACAGGUGUCCGCGUGGUGCUUGCUGGUGCUAUGGAUGGCACCAACGCCGAAGUUGGCUACAAGCCUGAGCUCUUCGACCGCGAUGAGCAAUCCGUUCAGUAUGCCAUUGACUGGGUUAAGGAAUAUGGACCACGUCUCGUGAAGAACGCAGUGGGGCAAACCUUCGUUGAUACCAAGAUGAGUCGACUGUUAGGCAUCCCUCCCAUCAUGGUUGCCGGAAUGACUCCAACCACUGUUCCAUGGGAUUUUGUUGCUGCGACCAUGAACGCAGGCUAUCAUAUUGAGCUUGCUGGUGGUGGUUAUUACAAUGCCAAAUCAAUGACCGAGGCCGUCAACAAGAUUGAAAAGGCGAUUCCCCCUGGUCGUGGUAUUACAAUCAACCUGAUUUAUGUUAACCCCCGGGCUAUGGCUUGGCAGAUUCCUCUGAUUGGCAGGCUGAGGGCUGAGGGCGUGCCAAUUGAAGGAUUGACCAUCGGUGCCGGUGUGCCGUCUAUCGAAGUGGCCAACGAGUACAUUGAAACACUGGGUAUCAAGCACAUCGCCUUCAAGCCGGGCUCCGUCGAUGCAAUUCAGCAAGUCAUCAAUAUCGCAAAGGCUAACCCGAAGUUUCCUAUCAUCCUGCAGUGGACCGGUGGACGUGGUGGUGGACACCACUCCUUUGAAGAUUUCCACCAGCCAAUCUUGCAGAUGUAUAGCCGCAUCAGGCGCUGCGAGAAUAUCGUUCUGGUUGCUGGCAGCGGUUUCGGCGGCUCGGAGGAUACCUAUCCUUACCUGUCCGGUACCUGGUCUUCUGGCUUUGGUUACCCGCCUAUGCCUUUUGAUGGAUGCCUUUUCGGUAGUCGGAUGAUGAUUUCCAAAGAAGCGCAUACAUCCAAGAACGCUAAGAAGGCCAUCGCCGAGGCUCCGGGUCUUGACGACAAGGACUGGGAAAAGACUUACAAGGGCUCGGCAGGUGGUGUUGUCACUGUACUUUCGGAGAUGGGUGAGCCUAUUCACAAGUUGGCCACUCGAGGUGUUCUGUUCUGGCAUGAAAUGGACCAGAAGAUCUUCAAGCUUGACAAGGCAAAGCGUGUCCCCGAGCUCAAGAAGCUUCGGAACUACAUCAUCCAAAAGCUCAACGACGAUUUCCAGAAGGUUUGGUUCGGUCGCAACGCUGCCGGAGAGACAGUCGACCUGGAAGACAUGACUUACACUGAAGUGGUUCACCGCAUGGUUGACCUCAUGUAUGUCAAACAUGAGAGUAGAUGGAUUGAUGAAUCUUUGAAGAAGCUGACCGGCGAUUUUAUCCGUCGAGUUGAAGAAAGAUUCACCACUACUGAGGGCCAACCGUCUCUGCUUCAAAACUACUCGGAGCUCAACACACCGUACCCAGCCAUUGACAACAUCCUGGCUUCCUAUCCAGAAGCGGCAUCUCAGUUGAUCAACGCUCAAGAUGUACAGCACUUCCUCUUGCUCUGCCAGCGGCGCGGUCAAAAACCAGUGCCAUUCGUCCCCUCUCUGGAUGAAAACUUCGAGUACUGGUUCAAGAAGGAUUCCCUGUGGCAGAGCGAAGACCUUGAGGCGGUUGUUGGUCAGGAUGUUGGUAGAACCUGUAUCCUGCAGGGCCCGAUGGCUGCCAAGUUCUCGAACAUUAUUGACGAGCCAGUUGCGGACAUCCUGAAUGGGAUUCAUCAAGGUCAUAUUGAAAGCCUGAUCAAGGAUGUCUACGGCGGCGAUAAUAGCGGAGUGCCUGUUAUCGAAUACUUCGGGGGCCGUUUCCAGCAGGAAGUUGAUGAUUCGGACAUUGACGGUCUCACCAUCUCAGAAGACGCUAACAAGGUCAGCUACCGCUUGUCCUCCUCACCUACCGCUGACCUGCCGGACUUGGACCGUUGGUUGCGUCUCCUUGCUGGUCCGUCAUAUUCCUGGCGGCAUGCCAUGUUCUUAGCCGAUGUUUUCGUCCAAGGCCAUCGUUUCCAGACUAACCCGAUGAAACGGAUUGUCGCGCCCGUUCCGGGUAUGUAUGUUGAAGUUUCUUUCCCGGAUGAUCCUUCCAAGACA